UUUUGGUAGAAGUGUAGUUGUGUUUUAUGUUCAGGUAUCUCUUGAUCACAGUAACCCAUAGUCCCCUGUGGGGGACAGUGGGCGAAGACUUUGGGAGGAUUUUACCCAGAAUACUUGCCGCCUGCUUUUUGUCCUCCAGGAAGCCAGAAGCCCGGGUGAUUAGGACAAAGCCAAAGGUCUUUGUUAGCUGGCCAUCUUGCCCCGUUUUUUCCCCUGGUUCUUGCCCCUGUGGCCACAGGGAAGUGUGCUCCCCUGAAUUUCCCACCCAGGCUCCUCUGCACCCAGAGCUGGGGGCCAUCUCAGAAGUGUCGUCUCUCUCUGAGCACGCAUUCCCCUGCAGCAAGAGAGCGGGCAGGCAGCAAGGACUGAGCAGAUUGAGUGAUCCUGGGGCAGAGAGGCCUGGGAGGAAAGUUGUUCAGCCAGUCAUUUGCAAGGCGCUCGUCGGCACCUGCUGAAACGUUCCCACCUGACAGCCCCCUCCUCCUCAAAGACUGACUAAUUAUACAUGACAGGUUCUAGAGACUCCAGGGGGAGAGCUGCUUUCAAGGCUACCACGUGUCUAUGCCCCUUGCCCAACCCUGUCUGCCUUGUGUUUUGUUCUUUUGUGAUGUGAGACUUCAAAGACCAAUAAAAACAUUUGAGAAGGAGAAAAGGCACUGGCCCCUGUGGGAGUGCUGUGGGAAGCCUUUGCUAGGGUGUCUGUUGUGCUGUUUGGUUUGUUUUGUUUGCCCUUUAUUUUGCUUUGCUUACCCCAACUUCCCUUACCCUUGGAUGCUUCUUACCCUCAGGCAAACCUGUGUCCUCCUGUGUUCAGGCUCUGCUUUAAAGCAAGCCUUGGGGCUGUUGGAGUUUCUGUUUAGGGUAUUAAAAAUUCCCACAAGAUACAAAGAACAAUGUUUUAAGUCUUUGAGGAUUAGAAGAGUUACAUAAAAAUUAAUAAACAUUUUCAAUGAUGGAAAAAUGUGUCUUGUAAUUCUUUGGCUCUUGGCUUGUUGAGUGCAUCAGAGAGGAAGACUCUCAGCCAUGUUUGCUCCCUAAUUGCUUGUCUUGUAUGGUGUCAUCUUUUCUAGCUGUUUUGAUAUUUGUUAAGUUUGCAGAUGAGUUUGGGGCCUCUGGCAACAUAGAGACUAAGGAACUGGGUAAGAAAAAAAUAAAUGUUAAAAUCAUGUUAUUUAGAACGCAUCUUCCUUUGAAAUUAAAAGUCCUUUCUACUCCUCGCCCCCUUCCAGGUGUGGUAUCUGUGCGUUUUGAAGAAGAUGAAGACAGGAACUUGUGUUUAAUAGCAUAUCCAUUAAAAGGGGACCAUGGAACUGUGGACAUUGUAGAUAAUUCAGACUGUGAACCAAAAAGUAAGCUCCUAAGGUGGGCAAGCAAAAAACAUCAUGUCUUAGAAACCGAAAAGACCCCUAAAGACUGGGUACGCCAGCACCGGAAAGAGGAGAAAAUGAAGAGCCAUAAGUUAGAAGAAGAAUUUGAGUGGCUAAAGAAAUCUGAAGUCUUGUACUACAGUGUAGAGAAAAAGGGGAAUAUAAGUUCCCAGCUUAAACACUAUAACCCUUGGAGCAUGAAAUGUCACCAGCAACAGUUACAAAGAAUGAAGGAGAAUGCAAAGCAUCGGAACCAGUACAAAUUUAUCUUGCUGGAGAACCUGACUUCCCGCUAUGAGGUGCCUUGUGUCCUUGACCUCAAGAUGGGUACACGCCAGCAUGGUGAUGAUGCUUCAGAGGAGAAGGCAGCCAACCAGAUCCGAAAAUGUCAGCAGAGCACAUCUGCUGUCAUUGGCGUGCGUGUGUGUGGCAUGCAGGUAUACCAGGCAGGCAGUGGCCAGCUCAUGUUCAUGAACAAGUACCAUGGUCGGAAGCUGUCUGUACAGGGCUUUAAGGAGGCACUUUUCCAGUUCUUUCACAAUGGACGGUACCUGCGUCGUGAACUCCUGGGCCCUGUGCUCAAGAAGCUAGCCGAGCUCAAGGCAGUGUUGGAGCGACAGGAGUCCUACCGUUUCUAUUCAAGCUCCCUUCUGGUCAUCUAUGAUGGCAAGGAGUGGCCCGAAGUGGCCCUGGACUCAGAUGCUGAAGACUUGGAGGACCUGUCAGAGGAGUCAGCUGAUGAGUCUGCUGGUGCCUAUGCCUACAAGCCCAUCGGCACCAGCUCAGUAGAUGUGCGCAUGAUUGACUUUGCGCAUACCACCUGCAGGCUGUAUGGCGAGGACACUGUGGUACAUGAGGGCCAGGAUGCUGGCUAUAUCUUUGGGCUCCAGAGCCUGAUAGACAUUGUCACAGAGAUAAGUGAAGAGAGUGGGGAGUGAGCCUUCUGGCUGCUUCAGUACCUGCAAGACUCUCUGUGUCCCAGGCACAGCUGUGCUACAUCAGUGCAGAAGCCAGUAUGGCCAGGUGGUGGCCUCUGCUGCCUGGAGCCGAUGCGCAGUGGCCUCUGUGAGCCCCAGCCUGAGCCAGCCACAACUGUGCUUGGAGUCUUUAUUUAUUUUAACUGUUUCUUCAACAUUCCACAUUUGAUGAUGCAGAUACCUCCUUCUUCCCUGAGUGUAUAUGUUCUAAUACAAAUUUUUUUGUUUAUUGUA